AUGGCUCGUUUCGCUCUUCUCUGUGCAGCUCUUGUCACCAUCCUACCCGCGGUAUUUGCCUCCCCCGUGGCGGAAAGCACCACACUUGACAAGCGUGUUACCCAUGAAGGCUGGGCGACGUGGUACGACACCGGCCUCGGAGCCUGUGGGUACACCGACAGCAACAGCGAUCCCGUUGUUGCUAUCUCCCACCUCAUCUAUGGCAGCGGUGGAAACUGCAACCAGGCAAGUUCACAAGACUGUGUCUACGAGCUUAAAUUUGCUGACGGCUGUAUCAUAUCGCAGUGGAUGGAGAUUACCUACAACGGAAUCACCCAGUACGGGAAGACCCGUGACGAAUGCGAGGCUUGUGGCGAGUACGAUAUUGAUCUCAGCCCGUCUUUGUUCGAGGGUUUCGCCGCCCUGAGUGUGGGCCAGUUGGAGGAUGUCGAAUGGCAUUUCAUGAACAAAGACUGGUCGCCUUAA